UUAAAAACAAACAAAACAAUUUUACGGUAGCGUUCGAUUUUCCAUAAAAUUUCAGCAAUGUAUUUAGUACGUGAAAAUCAACAAAAAUAAGUGUGGAUUAAUUCAAUAUUUAUACAAAACUAAUUGCUAAAAACAAUUUACGCGGUCAUGCUAAUUGGUAGCCGUAUGAUAACUACGUAACAAUACACUGAACAUUAUCUUAUCUGCUAUCAGAUUGUAAAUGUUUGUCAGUGUUUUAUGAAAAAACUUGAUUUUGCUGUGAUUUUAGUUAUUUUGAAAAGUCCGCUUCUAGCGGGUUAAAUAAAAUGAAGUUUAAGCUCAACGAGAAUGUUUUAAGGGUGACUUUGUUGUUUUUCUGUGUUAUUUUUGGGUUUAUUACAUCCCUAUCUUUUAUAAUAUUCUUGGAAUUAUCAAUUAGUAUAAUUUCAUUUAAAAAUAUGUCCGAACCAAAACAUAGACACAUAAAGAGUGUUAUGGACCAACAAAUGAAAAAUGCUACACAACAACUAGAGGAGUUCGAGCAACACUAUGGUUGUUGCGGUAUCUACGGAACAGAAUCAAAAUGUUCAACGUAUUCAGUAGCAGUUGUUAUAGACAUUGAAAAUCCCAAUUCGCCAACAUAUACAACUUUAAUACCGGAUUAUGUAGAAGGUUGCUACAGUGUUGCUAUAAGAGUAAUUACCACAAUAAGUAGAAGGACUUGCACUUAUUCAACAGUCUUUAUAAUUUUACAGGCUUUGGGAAUUGCAAUUAUAAUAAUUGGAAUAUUAGCAUUGUAUGAUUUAAAUGUGGUUACAUUCCUUUUUGACUCUGUGGUAUAUAGUUCGACCAUAACAUUAAUUGGGACCCUUUUAUGUUUAGUGGCGAUAUGCGGUAUUAUAGCAGUUUUGGUUCCUAGCAGGGUUUUCAUGUAUUUGUAUGCUAUAUUUAUACUUCUCUUUGCUGUAACAAGCAUUGUUUUAUGUAUAGCAGCAUUUGUACAAAAAGGAUUGUAUUGGGAAUACACUGUUUAUGAGCGUCGUGCUUUAAAGGCGUACUUUGAAGAGUAUAAACAAACGGGAUAUCUGGUAAAAUGUCGCACAACUGGAAUGUGUGAACACAUUGUUGACGUAAUUCAGUUCAGGUGGAAAUGCUGUGGACUGGAUGAUUUAAAUUUCUGGACAGAUGACAACUCAACACUUAUUCCAGCAAGUUGCUGCAUGCCAGAGAACGCGCAUCCUUGUUUGAAAAAAGACAUUUUUAAAGAGGCCUGCGGACCAAAAGGUUUCACCAAGUUUCACCAAGAUCUGUUUCUUUUUGAAGUAUCGUUUUUAUUACUGUUCUUAUUAUAUUUAAUUAUCUUCAUAAUUAUGGUAUACUUGGUACGCACUCAACAGGAAGAAUACUAUUUACAAAUACCACGAAAUAAUAUUAUGGUAUGGUAAAUCGUGCACACACAAAACUAAUGUCUCACGUAUUUUAUUUAAUAAAUUAUUGC